AGUCAGUCGCUAUGGAAAAUGGGCCCUCUCCUCACGGCAACACGUCUACACGCUACGGCUUCUUCUGCACAGACUCAGACUCACAUCGAUGUGACGUUAUUCUGGCUGUGAAGAGGGCUACCGGGACCUUCUCUUUGAUUGGAUGUCUCUUCAUGCUGUUUGUGAUAUGGCUUCAGCGAAGAUACAACUCACUGGCUCAGAAGAUGAUUGUUAACCUGACAGUGGCUGCAUUCUUUGACAGUGUGGCCUAUGUGAUGGGGGAGUCUCAUUUGGUGGAUUCUCUGUGUGAUUUCCAGGCUUGGUGGUUGACAUUUUUCGACUGGAGUGCCCUAGCCUGGGUUUGUCUCAUCACUCUGAAUCUGUACCUCAACCUGGUCAGAGAAAUCAGAACGGAGCGCUUCCAUGUGGCGUACCACUGUGCGGCUUGGGGAGUCCCUCUGGUCAUGUCUAGUGUACCUCUGUUUAAGGGUCUGUACGGCCCUGCUGGAGCCUGGUGUUGGAUCACAGAUGAGCAUGUGGCUUGGAGAUUUGGCAUAUGGUACCUCCCGCUCUUCGUCCUCAUCUUCCUCAUGAUCUGCUGUUAUGCCCACAUCAUCUGUGUAGCCAAUCAAAGGAUGCAGUCAUGGUUUGGUACUUUUAACCCAGAAAGGGAACGGAGAAAGGUUUCUCUGGCUGAGGAGAUCAGACCACUAAAGUGGUAUCCUUUUGUCUAUCUGCUGGUCUCUCUCUUCCCCCUCAUUAACAGGCUCCAUAAUGCAGUGUAUCCAAGGGAUCCUGUAUUCUCUCUGACACUUCUGCAUGUGCUCAGUGCACCGCUGCAUGGUCUGGCCAAUGCAUUUGUCUUUGGUCUGGACUCAUGGAGUCAGCUCAGUACAACAGGAAUACAGCUAGCGCUUCAGUCUCGACUGUGUGACACUACCCGUAUCGGAGAAUACCACCCAGCAAGAGUGCGAUACACACACAUGCUUGACACACACUCUGAUUCAGAUGAUGAGGACAGCAACGUCCUCUUUUACAGCCCAAAUGGACCCUGAAAGAGAGGAAGGGAGGUGGAGAGACACAGGGACAGGGAACGACAGAGAGAGGCA